AGCACGGAGGCGGUUACAAAUCACGUGACAGCGGCUUUUAGAGGAACCUGUGUCAGUAGCUGUCGUCUGAAGUGACAGCUCAGGGAACCGGGCAGCCCAGAAACCCAGGCGUGGAGACUGAUCCUGCGAGAGGAAGGGGUUCAUCAUGGCGGAUGACCUAAAACGAUUCCUGUACAAAAAAUUACCAAGUGUUGAGGGGCUCCAUGCUAUUGUUGUGUCAGAUAGAGAUGGAGUGCCUGUCAUUAAAGUGGCCAAUGAUAAUGCUCCAGAGCAUGCUUUGAGACCUGGUUUCUUGUCUACUUUUGCCCUUGCGACAGACCAAGGGAGCAAGCUUGGACUUUCAAAAAAUAAGAGUAUCAUCUGUUACUAUAACACCUACCAGGUGGUUCAAUUCAAUCGUUUACCUUUGGUGGUGAGUUUCAUAGCCAGCAGCAAUGCUAAUACAGCCACACGAAUAAGUGACUGUUUCACAUCUGGUUUGGAGACCGUUUUACCUAACAUAAACUAUAAUUUAAGAAGCUCUGCUCGACGUCAUGCCCAGACAGCCUGAAUCGUGGUGAGCAGAGUGUAGGCUCAACGUGGCUGGGAAGACUUUGGCAAAACUACAAGUUUGCUGCAGUUGACCUGAAGUAGCAGUAGAGGAGGGAAGUAGAGUUUAUAUUCAUCCUGUAAUAAUUCUCUUGCUCUCUGCCUGAAACAGGGACUCAGUGUAACUCCCUGACCUGCACCCCGAGCGUGAGUGAGAGGGAGGACCAAAGAGCCCAGUCUCCCGAGUGCCCUGGGCUGGAGAGAGAGGCCUGUGGCCUGCUGAGUGCCCUCCUGUCCAGUGGCCCAGGAAUAGGGACGGGUUUCCCUCCGAGGCAGUAAUAGCCAUCUUACCGUUGAGCGGGGCGCUCUCCUGGUCCAGAGGCAGCAGUGCUUCUGCGGGGCAAGAUUUUCCCGGGGUUGGGGGGAUUCUGAGAAUAACUGCUAAUCCUUCGGCUGUGUCUUGAGGUACUUUAUGAUGAGCACAUACUGUUAGCGACAGAGCUUGACACAGACAGCUAUUCUCCCAAACAGCCCCACUCCGAUUUGGCACGAAUCAUCCUCCCUCGUCCUAGGGCCCUUCCCUGAGAUCCCUCGGGGGGAAAUCAUGAUCACUUUUCAGGGCUGAGACAGGUAAAGAGAGCAGGUAAAGCAUCUGGGGUAGUACUCAUUGCAUGGUGUAUGUUAGAUCGCCCUUUUCAUGUCAAAACCCUCCAAACAAUGGCUUUAUCCCAGCUGAAGCCCACUCCAUCAUAUAGCUUUGUGUGCCUCACUUGAAGUAUUUAUCAUAUUUACUUCUGUACGUCAUCAUGGAUGUAUUUCUUAUCUUUUCCAUAUUCAACUGAAAACUCCUUGAGGAUGGGGACUAUUUCUUCAACUCUGAAUCUUUCAAUCCUUUGUAGCUCAUAGUCUAACCAAAGUGGACUCUUCAUUGCUAUUUAUGAUAUUAAUUGGUUAUAUUUCUUUUAAAUUACAGUUAUUAAAAACACUUUAGUAGCAAAAUAUUACAGGCACAGCAAAAUCAUGCUGUUUUUAAUAAACAUAACCAAAGAAUGUAAAUAAACAUGACAUAUUUUACAAAAAAUGAAAACAAUGUUACCUACACAACACCCUUGGAUCUAAGAAAACAAAACAAAACUGUACGUCUCAGUGAAGAUUUAUGUCUAACUCCUUACUUUGCAAACUUGACACAAUACUUUUUUUUUUUUUUUUUUUGCGGCACGCGGGGCUCUCACUGCUGUGGCCUCUCCUGCUGCGGAGCACAGGCUCCGGACGCGCAGGCUCAGCGGCCAUGGCUCACGGGCCCAGACGCUCCGCGGCAUGUGGGAUCUUCCCGGACCGGGGCACGAUCCUGCGUCCCCUGCAUUGGCAGGCGGACUCUCAACCACUGCGCCACCAGGGAAGCCCAACACAAUACAUUUUAACUUGACAUUUGCUAUAUUCCGUAUGAUACAAACAUUACAAAAUACAUUAAAAACCUUGUUGAAACAUACAAAAAUUUAAUGUAAUUUCUGAGUCCUAGGUGUUUAAAUAACAGAAGAAACGUAUUCAACAAGGUAGCCCUUUGGACUGCAAGAGCAGCGUCGUAUCAUAGCUUUGCUCCACAACCUUUUUUUGGGGCUCUUCCUCCACUUUUGUCUCCCUUCAAACUUCAGUCUAAAAAAGCAGUAUUAAUAAAGAUAAUAGAAGGGGUUAAAAUCUAUUUAGGAGCUCUGGAUGCCAGUAUCUCAUCCCCCUAUUUCAAUCCCCUUGUUCUGGCUUGAAAAUGCUGUGUAACAAACACAGCAUUACCCUUUGCACGUGGAUUUAGUGUUACUCCCUCAAUAGACAAAAGAAGUUCCUCUUGAAUAAGGUGUAGGGUGCUCCGUGCAGUGCAAGGUACAUCUUUCUUUUCUUGGGCAAAUACCUCCCUCUCACUCUGGGGAAGGGAUUGUUAUAACACACUCUACUUUGAAAGUUUCUUUCAGUCUGUUUGAGAAGUGUUGGAUGAAGAUAACUUAGUGCUUACAAGUGCUCUAUUAUUGUUAUAAUUAUCGUGAUAAUUAUUAUUAAACUACAAGUUACUACUUUAUCACUCUUCCUCAAUUUAUGUUUUCUCACUCUUUAAAGCAUUUCCCCCAAAAUGACUAAAAGAGAUGCUUUUUUAAGAUUGUACCUUCCAUUAUCCUUAUCAUCUUACCCAAUAGCCCAUAGGAGAUAUAGUUCUCACAGGUUUAUCAUUAGAGGGGAAGAAAGGACCCGGUAGAUAUCUAAGCCUUUUACAAAGAGAAAAUAAAUACUACAAACAUUUUCCAUUUUAGUUUUGGAAAUUGUUUUGUUUUUUGUAUAAAGGGGAAAAAAAGUAAAAACAACACUGCUCCUCUGCCCCAAUCUUGGACAUUUGCUAUCCCAAUACACUUUCUGAAAAGCAGUCUAAACCUCGGGCUACAUAUAUAGCUGUUUCCUUCCUGGAUAAUAGCACAACUUGGAAGUCAGAUGAGUUGACCCUGGUGCAGAGUGGGACUUUGGGUAACUAAUGUCAACCAGCUUGGGGACAACAAUGAGGGAAAACAAAAACCAUCUCCCAUCACGUGUUCUAAGAUCGAGCACACCUGGUCGCAGUGGUUCAUCCGUCUCCAUCAGAACAAGGAGCCUUCGGUAUUCUCAGGGACAUGGCAGGAUCUUGAAGGGCAGCAGUCUUCUGUGAGUCAGCAAAUGUGGUGUCUUCUGAGAGGUCCAAAUCCGCAUCUGCUUUUGA